GCGCGGCGGCACCAGAUACAGUAGUACGAGCAGCCUUAGCAGCGCCGCGACGGCCAGCUCGCCGCAAGCGCUCCAAACGACAAACACGAGUUCAAAUAUUCACAAUCAAGUGGCUACCGCUGCCGUCGUAUGUCAAACCCAGGGUUUGAAUCUUGCUCAAAGUUCGAGGGAAAGCCCACCGGCGGCAAGCUCGAGUCCUGGUGUACCCGCAGGGACCCCUACCAUUCCUACGCCGGCUGCUCAGGAGAAAGUGGUGGCGACGUCGCCCACGAAUUUGGUCCAACAGUCUCAUCUGCAUCUACCGAUAAGCGCCCAAAUGUUGAACACGGGUCAAGGAUUGGCGACGAUCGUGCCGACCCUAUCACAUAUCGGCCCUGGUCUCAGGGUGAUCCCUGGUGAUACGAGGCAAUUGCUCGUGACUCAUGCCGCAGCCGCAGCCGCAGCCGCAGCCGCCGCUGCCGGUGCUAACAAUGAAUCCCGGCCGCUUACGUUGGCCGUACAAAAUUCUUCGGAUCAAUCGAGACCGCUGAUUGCCGUGCAAUCGAACACUGGAAGCGAGCCAAGGCCCGUGGCGCUGGUCGUUCACUCGUCCACGGCUAAUGACAAUCGUGUGACGUUCGUGCAUUCUAAUCUAUCGAACAACGACAGACCAUUGGCUCUCGCAGUGCAAUCGUCUGCUGCGAGCGACGUCAGGCCCGUUACCUUUGUACAUUCUGGAAAUGAAGGAAGGCCAUUGGUCCUUACCGCCCAUUCUCCCGCUUUAAACGUCUCCAAUGCCCAGACGACGAGAAUAAGAACGGGUGGCGAAACAACGCAAGCUACGCAUAAAAUGGUCGGAGGGGUAACGCUGGUCGGUGGAAACGGUUCGGAGCUAACUAGACUUCCCGGUGGCGCGGAAUUGAACAUUCUCCCCGCAAACGGUGCGCGUCUUGGUGGAUUGACCCUGAGUCACGCGGGAGUGUCGCUCCAAACGACGACAGGAAAGGCGGGUUCGACGACAGUUAUGCAAAAUGCUCCGUCCACUGAAAGUAUAGCUCACAUAGUCGGUCAACACGCUCCACUUUCCGGUCUGACACCUAUAGUCACACCGAUGACCGUCGUAUCUCAAGGGAAUAAUCAAGUGACCGCUCACAUUUUGGCACCGUCGAGUCUUGCGGGAAAAAUGAUAACCACUCCUAUUCUCAAGUCUGUCGGACAAAUGCCACUCGUAAAUGCUCAGUACCUUAAUACGACGACGUUGGUCAAGCCGGUUGUCGUUGUCAGUUCACCAUCGAAUUCCACCCCACCGUCUACGACGACGGCAUCUUCUAUCACGCAACCUUCCUCGACCUCGCAUUCAACCGUCUGACAGAAUCAAAGGAAGAUCAAAGAUUAAAGACACUAGAAGACUAAACGUACUACGAAUGAUAUAAGCGACGAAGUUUUUAAUCGAUCGUGCUCUGGCUGUGGACACAAAGUGAUCGCAAUUUAUUCAAAAAAAAAUCGCAGAUUGAACUUUCUUAUGCCGAAAUAACAAAUUGUAUAAGUUGUCCUUCGAAUAAGUUCUAGUAUUUAUUCUUUUAUAUAUUUAUUUUAAUCUCAUGCAAUUGCAUGUUACUAUUCGGCUUAACAGCAUGCCUAAUAUCUAUUUACGAUUCUUAUCUAUUGAUUUAUAUGAAUAUAUCAAGAAUUUCAUUGCGCUAUCAUAGGCAUUCUGACAAUUCCAAUAUAUAAAAAAAAAAAAAAAAAAAAAAAAAAGAAAAAAGAAAAAAAAAAGAAAAAAAAAUGACAAGGUUAAGCAAUACACAAAGAGAGAAAAUGUUCAUCCUUAUCGGGUCUCAUUAAUUAUUACAUGUACUUGCGUGUAAUUUUUCUCGUCCAUACCGAUCCAUGUCGAUGACCUUAUCAAGAAUCAUUGUUUUUAAUACUAGCAUCAUUACAUUACAAGUCGUUGGGUACUCAAUGCUUGUGGAAUUAUAAUCGAGGUGAACAUUUUCAUUUUUUCAGUUGUUGCAAUGGUUGAAGAUUAUCUUAAUAAAUGUUGAUGGCGAUUUUACAGCGUACAGAAUCGUAAAUACCACUAAUAAGAGAGAAUGUAAGUGAGAGUGAGACAGCGAGAGAGAGAGAGAGAGAGAGAGAGAGAGAGCGAUAGAGCAAAUGUGGGAGAGAAAAGAAAAACUUAAAAAGCGAGAAACGGUCUUUGGCUAAGACGAAAGAAAUAAGAAAACUGUCUGUAGAAAUAAGUAGCGCGUAGCAUUCUGUACAUAAUAUCGAUCUAUUCGUGGUAAAAAGAAAAAGUGAACGAAGAAUGAGAAAGAAAAACGGAAGGUGUGGGUGGGUGUGUGUGUGUGCGCGCGCGUGUGUGUGGGCGUGUGUAUAUGAACAAUGUGAUAUAAGUAAUGAAUAAAAUAAAUUAGCAUCUCGUGUAGCUUUUAAGGAAACUGUUAAACCGUUUACAGCGUAGAGACGUAUGCUGCUAAUUAUUAUUUACUAACAUCCAUACAAGAAACGAGAUGAGACGUAUAAUUGUAAAUAGAAUAAUGAAAUGAUAGAAAAUUACAAAGUAUAACUAUAUUGAGUAAGAUGGGAAGGAAAAAGGAAAAAGGAAAAAAAAGAAAAGAAAAAAAGAAAAAGAAAAAAAAAAAAAAGAGAAAUUGGAUAAAGCACUCGAAAUUUUGGACACGCUGGUUAAUAUCAUCCCAGCUAGUCAGAUUCAUCGUACAUCGUGUUCCACGCGAUAGAAAAACAAUCGUAAAAUUGUACUCGAGUGAUUGCGACGUGGGAAAAUAAAUGUGAUCGAGCGUCUAAUUUCGAGUGUUGUUGUUGUUGUAGUAGUCUAUGUCGAAUUUUGUUAUAACCUUGUUUGGUAUAUAAAAAUUGAUAUCUCUGAUGGCUCUUCGGGCGAACAUCUUGUUACGCAUUGGAUGGUAGAAUAUUUAUAGGAAACCGUUGACUACGGUCUUUUCGUCAAGAGAUAAAAUACAUUUUGUUUUUAAACAAAAGAGUGCAACAAGAAUCACAAUACAAUCUAUUAAAAUAAACAUAUAAGUGUGAAGGUCGUCCUAGUCCUCCUAGUAAUGAUUUUAGUUUUCUCGAUCAAAAUUGUCCAAGCGAAACGCCUUUCGUUUCGUUUGUCGUGUAAACCGACGAAGUAAAAAGGAAAUAAUCGAUGGUUAAGCCCAGAAUUGCCCGACUACGUUACACUGAAGUUUGACAAUAUUUCUUUUAUAUCGAUUAAAAAAAUUGCUAAAAAAAUCGAACGAUCGAAAUCUUUCGCGUUAUCAACAAUGACUUUCCUAUCGGAUUCUAUGUGUCAAGAGAAUAAUAUAAAAAGCUCUCCCCCCCUACCACCGCCACCGCCACCGCCACCGCCACCACCACCCCAUUCCCCAUUAUUUUUCAUUAUUUUUAAAUAUAUGUAUCUUUCUUUUUCUUUUUUUCUUUUAUUCAUUCAUUUAUUUCUUUUCUUUUUUCUUUGCUCCCUCCUCCUCCUCCUCCUCCCCGCCCCUCUCUCCCUUUAUAUAUUAAAAGUGCGUAAAUGUAAUAUCCGUAAGUGUAAAGAAAUUUUAUCAUCCUUCACCAGCGACGACUCCAUUUUCUCAUCUGCCAAUGAUGCUGCAACAAAUCGUGUUUUUCUUUAUCCGGCCAAGUUGCGUACAAAUAAUAAUUGACACUUGACGUAAACGAUGGCAUUUGCUUGUUAAAUAAACACCAAAAGUAUGUA